ACUACACCUCUGUCAACGGCUUUUUACAGAAAUCUUGUAAAAGUUUCUAAUAUCCAACAUUUAUGUUUUGGACUAAAUAUUUAGUCAUAUUAUGAAAUGUUUUUGGUGCAAUUAAAUUGAAGCUUACUGUAAAUUGUUUAAAAUAGCUGUUUUCUGAUCUUAAAUUUCAAACUACUUCGUAAUAUGUGUAUGAAUGUAGGACAUUCACGUGGUAGAGAUUUAAAUGUAAACAUGGAAUCAAAAGUAAGAAAGACUGUAAAAAUACGAUAAAACUUGUAGAAUAGGAGACAAACAGCUAAUUGGUAAAUAUGUACUUAUUAAAGUGUCAGUGGGCUAUGAAAAGAGCCUGAUGUAUCACCUGUUGCCAGAACUUUUAAAGGGAAAGGAAACCAAGAAUGAUUGUUUAUAUCAUGUGAUAAUAUUGUCAUGUGAUUCCAAGCAUUGACAGAGGUGUAUGUAGCUUUGCGUAACGCACCUUCUGGUGAGAGAAUGAACUGACAGGUGUAAACCACCUGGUUCACCGAAGUAGUAAAUCAGGAAUACAUGUAUUUCAUGAGACCUUAUUUUCACCAAGUUUUCGCAUGUAAAAUAUCUUAUCUUGGCAUGUCCAAUAGAUAUGAGAAGAAUAUGUUCAUAACACCAUUUGAGAUGUAAAUGUUCAUGAAUGUUCACUUUGUUCCUUACUAAAAUACUGAAGUGUAUGAAGGCCACCUUCCAGGGUUCCAUUGCCCCAGCUGUUAUUGGCUCUAACCUUAAUAGUAACAUCUUUGUCACAGACAAAACCAGUUAACAAGCUCGACACAUGGAUCCACUGGUCAAUUGCCUUUCUCUGCAUUUUCUGAAUAAGAUCUGCAAACUACAAACUUGAAUUCAGCAUAUUUUUAGGGAUUUUAGCAAAACUAAAAAAAAUUUAAAGGAAUUUUAGGGCCACUGGAAAGCCUGAUAAGGAUUUUUGUGACAGGGAUUUUUUUAGGGUCUGUAGAGGGCCGGAAUUCGGCCCCAUUCCCAAUGCUAAAAAGCAGGUGUUUUUCCCAAAAUGAUGCUUAAAAAUUCCCAAAUGAUGGAUGCUUUGAUGGGAAUAUGCCAUGAGGGGCCAUCCAACCUCAGUGCCACUCUGUUGCAAAAAAAAUUGUGACAGUUUUUUCUCUGCCAAAGACUGGAAAUUAAAGCUUGUUUAAGCCAGCCACAUUGAUAAUAAAAUAUCAAAUGGUUAACUUUUUGCUUGUUUUUCUUAUUUAUUUGUAUGAAACAAAUUUCACAAUUUCAAUCAAAUAUCGAUAUUUACCCCAAACUUGAAGGCCCUGGCCCCUGGAUUCAAGGGGUAAAAAAAUCCCUGUGUGAGUUUCUAUAUUGUCAAAUUUGCAAAGGUAAGUUCAUUUAAAUAUCUAAAAACUGCCCUAAUUUAGUUAUAGAAUUCCUAAUUUUAGCCCUAGAAUUUCUGAUUUUUAUCCCUAAAAUUGGCCCUAAUUUUUUGUCAACAGGUGCUGGACAGCCAGUCUUAUGUUCACCAAGAUACAACCACAUGAAAAUUAAAAAAAAAAAAAACCCACAAUUUAUUCAUAAAGUAAUUUACAGCAUGGCCAAAUAAAAAAAUAUAUACAUUGUAUGUCUGUUUAUGGUCUCCUGACUGACACAAUGUUAAAUUUUUCACCACUGACCCAGGCAUGUUUUGGUGCCUCCACCAUAAGAUGGCUGGGGCGACUCCGCCAUAAGAUGGCUGGGGCGAAAAGAAUGACCCUUUUCCAUCAUUCUGUCUUGAUUCAGUUUCCAUUCAUUUACUCUGCUGAUGCACAUGUUCAACUGUAAUUUGGUAUAUAGGUACAUCAUAAGAAUAUAUAUAAUCCACAUUACAGAUUUGUCUACAUCCACUGACUUUCGUUUUUCAAUUACAAAUGUAUCUGCUGUCCCCAUUUUGAAAAAUAAAAAUAAAAUGAAAAAUAAAAAUUGAAAAUAAAUUUUUAGCAAUCAAUCUACUGACCCUAUUUUGUUUCAGCAUGUGACAGUAAACGCACAUAAUUCUAUUUUUGGCCUAAUCAAAGUUGGAAAUGGAAGUGCCAAGACUACAAGUAAGCUAUGAGGUGGCACCAGAUGAAAAGCGGCAGGAAGAAGCGAAAAAAGUUUAUGAAACAUAUCUAGACCCCAAGUCUGAUUUGUAUGUGAAUCAGGUGAACGGAAAUCAUAUUACUGCCAUUCAGGACCAUAUUCACAGUCAUAACUGCAGUAAAGAAAUAUUUAACUCAUGUGUAGAAUUAAUCACAGAACACUUAAAAAUUGAACCAUUUAAAGAAUUCUUAGACAGCAUGUUUUAUAAAAGAUAUUUACAAUGGAAGUGGUUAGAAAGCCAACCCGUCACAAAAAAUACAUUUAGAAUGUAUAGGGUACUGGGGAAGGGUGGGUUCGGGGAAGUGUGUGCAUGUCAGGUACGAGCAACAGGGAAAAUGUAUGCUUGUAAAAAGCUGGAAAAGAAGCGAAUCAAGAAACGAAAUGGUGAGAGAAUGGCACUGAAUGAAAAACAAAUUCUACAAAAGGUCAACUCAAGGUUUGUCGUUAGUUUAGCCUAUGCAUUUGAAACCAAAGAGGCAUUGUGUUUAGUACUGACAAUUAUGAAUGGUGGAGAUUUAAAGUUUCAUAUUCAUAAUAUGGGUAACCCAGGAUUUGAAGAAGAAAGAGCUAUUUUUUAUGCAGCAGAAAUUACAUGUGGAUUACAAGAUUUACAUCUAAAAGGAAUUGUGUAUAGGGAUUUGAAACCAGAAAAUAUUUUGCUGGAUGAUCAUGGGCAUGUGCGGAUUUCUGACCUUGGACUUGCUGAAGAGGUGCCAGAAGGGGAGACAAUCAAGGGCCGUGUGGGCACUGUUGGCUAUAUGGCUCCUGAGGUGGUGAAAAAUGAACGAUACUCCUUCAGCCCGGAUUGGUGGGGCCUUGGGUGCAUUAUUUAUGAAAUGAUUGAAGGAAAGGGACCAUUUCGGGCACGGAAGGAGAAAGUGAAGCGCGAGGAAGUGGACAGGCGGGUGAAAGAAGACCAGGAGGAGUACUCGGUCAAGUUCUCGGAGGACUGCCAGGACGUCUGUAAAAAGCUUUUGAACAAAGAUCCGAAGUCUCGUCUGGGGUGUGGUCCGUAUGGUGCCAAAGAUGUUAAAUCACAUGAAUUCUUCAAAACAAUUAACUUUAAACGGUUACAGGCUGGGAUUUGUAAUCCUCCGUUUGAACCUGAUAAAAGGGCUGUUUACUGUAAAGAUGUGUUGGACAUUGAGCAAUUUUCCACAGUGAAAGGUGUGAAUCUUGAUGCAAGUGACGACUCAUUUUACACGAAAUUCAGCACUGGCAGUGUAUCUAUACCUUGGCAGAAUGAGAUGAUUGAGAUGGAAUGUUUUAAGGAACUAAAUGUGUUCAGUGAGGAUGGGGAUCCCCCUCUUGAUUUGAUUGAAGAUCUCCCCCCUCCCCCGCCCCGCAGCGGACUCUUCAGCAGGCUCUUCAGGAGACAGAAUCGCGAGGCUCACUGACAUAGGAGUAAUGGUGGUGCUGUAGGCUUCUGUUGCUAAAAAGAUCCUCCAGAGACAGAAAUAUUGAAACAGACAUACUGAACAAGAUAACACCAUGUCUGUACAUAGGCAGUCGACGUCUGCCAAACCACCAUGUUGUUUUUUUUUUGUUACCUUUAGACUCAGGCAGAGACGAGAGAGAGAGAGAGAGCUGGAAAAAAUUCAGUGACUGGACAGUGUUCUCUUGUCUCAUCUUUCAAUCAAAAAUUGUCAACAGACAUUAUAAGGAGAUGUGGACAAUUUUUGGAGACCUGAAAUUUUUGCUCGGACUUGCCAGUAUUGUCUCAACAAGAUGAAGAAGAAAAAAAUUUAAAUGUAUAAUUAUCUUUUGUAAUGUUAUAACAGUGUCAUUAAGUGGUUGGUAUGUGAGAGUGAGAGUGUUUGUAAGAGAAUAUUUCAUAUUGGUUGAAUCCUUCUUUAUGGUAGAGUCACUUUUAAAUAUUUUUAAGUAUUAAUAGAGAUUAUGCUAUGUUCAUGUUGUGCCGCUAUUUUGUUUAUUGUGUGUGUUGACUAUACUUCUAAAGCGUUUACUCUAUAUAUGCCAAGGAAAUCAUGUGCUAUUGUCACAAUAUUCAUCUAUCUGACUGAAGAGCUUCUAGUGGUAAGAUCUAGGGCUAAUAAAGCUACUCGUUUAGGUUUCAUUACAAAGUUAUUGUUUGGGAUCCAAUAUCUCUUCCUAAAAAAAAAAUCUGGUUUUUUUUAAUUAUUUUUCCAUCACACCUGUCUUAGAGUUUGAAGGAUAUGUGUAGGUAAGCAAAAUUCUAGAUGAGAAAAAAAAUGCAUUCAUGAAUGGCAAAACUUUUAACUGUAGAAAAUGGUAUCACAUGGUUGAUAAUAGAAACAAAUAUCAUAUUGCUGGUGAUGUUACGAAGUUGCAUUGUAAAAGAGAUGAAAGGUUUUUUGUGACUUACAUCAUUGUAGUGCUAAAAUCUUGCUAUUUAUGCCUUCAGUGGCUUAUUUAUCUUUGAUAGUGUUUAAAAUUCAACUUCUUACAGAGUGUGGUGUGGUAGAAACAUAUGCAGAGCUAAGCUAAGAAAGACUUUGUUCUAAGUUUUAGUGCUGCUUUCACUGAACAGAAAGUAGAAACUCUUUACUGUAAUCAAAAUCUGUGAACAGAAAGUAGAAAAAUCCAUGUUAAUAUCAGAAACUGCAAAAAAAAAGUGACAUGAUAAAUACCUGUGUGAUUCUUGUUUUAAAAAGUAUAUAACACUUAAAGGCAGUUGCAUGAAUGCUUUUUAAAAUGUAAUGACAAAUUUCAGUGUUUGAAACUUGCUGUAAAAUUAGCUAGACAGAGCUGACUGCUUGUAAAAAUUGUUAGCCCUGCCAAAGACCUACUAACCCUGAGAAAAACCCCACCAUUUUUGAAAUUACUAUCUUCUAAUUAAAGUGAUUAUGCGACUAGGACCCAGUUCCUGUAACUUUGAUUCUGAUCAUAUAUAAUUUUAUAAAGCCCCUUGGCUAGUUUCCACUUUGUUACCUGUACAAUAAGCAGAUAUGAUACAUCUAAGUUUUAUUUAACAGAAAUAUUAACAGUCCAGUUAGGUGUAUAUACAAAGAAAUUUGUUCACCCGCAGCAAAAUUUAUGUAUCAUGAGCGGUCAGGCGCAUGAUUAUUUCAAACACUGCAAAUUUGCUAAAUAUACUUGUGCAUAGCUUGACAUUGCCUAUAAGAAAGUUGCAAUGCAUGCACAGGUUUCCUUUUGAAAAUUAUUUGGUGGGCCAUAUUGAAAAUGACUUCAUACCUGUUAAUGCUCUCCUUUAUUGAAUAGUCAUAAUGAAGUACAUGUGGUUUGCAGUAUAGAAUCUCAGCAGGGAAUCUCCUGGUCUAAAUAUAGAGUUGUGUAUAGUUCCAGUAGGGAGUAACAGAAUUAUAAUGCUUUUUUUUUUGCUUUUUUAAUAUUUCAGUAUAUGAUUUUUGAAUUUGCAGAAAAUAUUUUUCAAAUUGUAAAGGCGUGAUUUUUUUUUUUUUUCAAAACUGUGUAUAUGAAAUUUUGUAUCGUAUCAAAUCAAGUGUCUCCAUUUUAAACUAAAAAGUAAAUGUGAAACACACAGCUUAACAGAUUUGGGCUGCUGGUUUCAGUCCGAUAGUGUUUUAAUUGUUUGAUAAUAUUUAUUGUAUAUGUAACCAAAACUGGUAUCCAUUUUCUAUACUUGACCAUGUAUUUUUAGUGAGAAAUGUACAGUUUAAUUCCUUUAAAGAGUGCACAUUUCACAUAUUUUGUAAAUGUGUAAAAGUAGAAUGUUCUGUGUGUAAGAAAAUGUGAUCUUCACAGCAUUAGUACUAUAGUACUGGGUAUAUAUUUCUAUUACUUUGCACAAAAAAAUUCUGAAUGUGUUGACACUUCCUUGCAUUGUUUCUGAUUUUUGCACUUUUUUCUUCAUGCAAAUAUGAACAAUUUGCUCAAUACAUAUAUUUCAGUAUUUGAGGGAAGGAAGUUUCUGCGAAUCUUCUGGAAGAAAUACCUUAAAAAUAUCUGCCCAAUAUAAAAUCUCUGUACUUUGUAAACUUUUUCAUUUACAUUUGGUUAAAUAUAAUUUGUAAGGCAGAAAAUGAUGUUCAUUCAAAUGAACAGAAUUUUCAAGAUCAGAAUGAAAAAUGGAUUGGCAUGCAUUAUAUUUAAAGAUUCUGGAAAGAGGAGUUUCCAAAUGUCUUGUUUACAGGGCUUAUUUUGGUUGUGCAAUUUUCAAUUAUUUUUCCUUUGUAUGCUGAUGAACGAGUGCAAAUGUCAAAAUAUUUUGCUUUAAAUUCAUACAAAUGGUACAUCUGUUUCAUGAAUACAUGUAUUUUAUAAAGGUAAAUUAUUCACUAUUGAUGGCUUUUAUUUUAGCCAACAGUUUGUAUAGACUUUUGAGUAUAUCAAUUACAGUAUCUAUAUAACAAAUCAGAUAUAUUGGUCACUUUUUAGCUCUAAAACAGAUUUUAGAACACUUGCGUAUACAAGAUACAUUCAGAAUUCUGUUCAUGACCCUAUAUGUUCCUUGAUUCUGUUGUCAAUUCAUAAUCAAGUGGGUGAAAGUCUCAUAGAUUUAUGAAACCAUGGUACUGUGUUUAUGCACCAACAGUCUGCAUACUAAAACUGCAGGAUAUUUCAUCGUUUUGAUAUUGUUAAUAUAGUACUAUCUGUUCUGUUAAACUCAUUGGUUGUUAGAUGAUGACCUGAUUGUCGGUAAAUAUAACUGGCGAUCGUCAGUUACCUAUUACGUUUACACUUGCUUUAUAAUUGCCCUAUUUUUUCUUUCAUAUUGACCAACAUCAUACAUUGAGUGUUGUCAGUUUAAAUAUUUAUCAUUGUCCAUCAUUUGCAAUAUAUAUUUUAAUAUUAAGUGUUGCUUUUACAGUUUGGGAGAAAUAUCCAAGUUAUUAGAAACAACAAAUUGCUUGCUAUAUUUAGAUUAAUUUACAUUUUUCUCUUUCGUGAUUUCUUAAACAAGAACCUAAAAAUCUGCAGGACAGAAGAUUUAGCACAUGUACUCUGAAAAUGUUUGUGCUGCAGUACAGGGUGUCAGCAUUCAAAAGAAACGGGAAGCUUGGCAAAACAAUUAACCUUGGUGCUGAAAGUUUCUUGCCUUUUUAAUGAGUUAUUUCUUUUUGUUUGUGAUUUGAGGUUAUGUCCCUUGAUUUGUAAUCCCCCCUCCCCCUUCUAGAUGUGAUCAAUUGUUGCAAUCAUUUACUCACACAUUACCCGUACUCUACUACAAUGUUUGCUCAUUUGUUGGCAGAAUGUUUGCCAUUGCUGUCAAAUUUUAUCUGCAUGGAGAAAAAUUUCUUCUCCGUUGAUUUGCCGUUAUUUGUUCAAAUGUAACCUCAGUUUUUCUUGCCCUCUGAAUUUUAGCUUGAAAUUUUAAAUAUAUGGCAAUUAGUUCAUGAUAUUUCUUAAGUCCAGGCAUCAUAAAGCAUUUUUCGUGUACAUUAAACUAAAAUUCAUUUAUUUAUUGAAGGGAUGAAUAGUCUUUGUCAGUUGUUGUUUGAGCUAUUAUCUAUUACAUUUAGUGUAAAACAGAUGUAUAAAGAAACAAUUCCAUAUCUGUUGAGUAUAUAUCAAUAUAUCUCUAGUCAGUCUGUUUAUGUGAACGUUGCCCCCGCCCCCAUUCUGUAUGUAAUUCACUCACGAGAUGUAAUUUAUACAAAUGUCAUCAACAAUCAUUAUUUAACAACAAAGAAAAAUAAAUGUUUUACAAAAAGGAAA